AUGCCACCGCCGCGCGCCGCCCACGUCCUCCACCCCAUGUUUAUCCUCCUCCUCCUCCUCGCCACCGCCUCCGUCUCCUUCUCCGCUCUCCACCACGACCCGGAUUCCGAAUCGGAUUGCACAGGCCGGUGGAUCCACAUCCGGCACCUCCCGCCUCGAUUCAAUCUGGACCUCCUCACCAACUGCUCCGCCUACCCCCUCGCCGACGACCUCUGCCCCUUCGUCUCCAACCACGGCCUCGGCCCCAAAACCCACAACUCCUCCCGCAGCUGGUACCGCACCGACCCCUCCAUGCUCGAGCUCAUCUUCCACCGCCGCAUGCUCGAGUACCCCUGCCUCACCCCCGACCCCUCUGCCGCCGACGGCGUCUACCUCCCCUACUACGCCGGACUCGACGCCCUCCGCUACCUAUUCGGCCCCGAUCAAAACCACAGCCACCGCCACGGCCUGGAUCUCUUCCGCCACAUCGCCGCUGAGAACCACCCCUCGAUCUGGCGCCGCCGCUCCGGCCACGACCACUUCCUCGUCAUGGCCCGGCCCGCCUGGGACUUCUCCCAGCCGCCCUCCACCGACCCCCCUCUCUUCGGCACCUCCUUCCUCGAAUCGCCGGAGUUCUUCAACCUCACCGCCCUCACCCUUGAGGCCCGUGCCUACCCCUGGCAGGAGCAGGCUAUCCCCUACCCCACCUCCUUCCACCCCCCUAACCUCGCCUUCUUCGAGUCCUGGCUCGCUCGGGCCCGCCGCUCCCGGCGCACAACCCUUGCGCUGUUCGCCGGUGGCGGCGGGGAGGUUCGGAGGAAAAGGGAGAAGGUGCUGGAGAUGAUGGGUCGGGUGAUGUAUAGGAAGCACGGGAGCUCGUUUGGGUUGAGGAGUAAGAAGGACGCGUUUGAUAUUGCGGUCGAGGGGGUUCUGCAGAGGAUCAAGUCGAGAACUCGAGAGCUUGGGCUGCCUUAA